AUGGAGUCAACUGCUGGUCUGUGCGAGCUCGAAGUGGAUUCAAGCGACAUCAUCCACUUGAUCCUGCAGUUUUUACGUGAGAACCGCCUAUUUCAUGCCAUGCGUGCGUUACAGGAGGAAUCUCAAGUGAGUCUCAAUGCUGUCGAGUCGGUGGAGGCAUUGGCCAGUGACAUCUCACACGGUCGUUGGGACCUUGUACUGCAGCAGACAAAAGCUCUCGAAUGCAGUGCCUCUGCCAUGAUGGACCUCUAUGAGCUCGUGGCAAUUGAUAUGAUGGAAGUGCAAGAGAACGACGUGGCUGUGCAGCUGCUGCGCAAUACGUCAGCGCUGGCUAAAAUGAAACAGACACAGCCAGAGCGCUAUCUGCGGCUUGAAAAGCUGGCCCAAGGAGCAAAUUUUGACCCUUUAGAAGCUUAUAUUGGCUCCAGUAAGCAAAAGCGACGAGAUGAAGUUGCACAAGUUUUUUGCAGUGAAUUGUCAACUGUGGAGCCAUCUCGACUGCUGGUUCUACUGGGCCAGGCACUCAAAUGGCAACAGCUCCAGGGCAUGGUGGCUCCAGGAGAAGACUUGAAUUUAUUUCGAGGCAAAGCUAAGGAAAAGGUGGUUGACCGCUCGGAAAAACUAGUGCGCAAACCGGCGGGCAAGAUUAAGUUUAGCAAGACUUCGAUGCCCCAAUGUGCGCAAUUUAGUCGUGAUGGGAGGAUACUCGUGACGGGUGCAAAAGAUGGAUUUGUGGAGGUUUGGGAUUUCGAAAAAUGCAAACUACGAAAGGAUCUUGACUACCAGGCGAAGGAUGAGUUCAUGAUGCACGAUGUUAGUGUGACAGCACAAGCUUUUAGUCGAGAUGGAGAAUUGCUGGCAACAGGUAGCGAAGACGGUAACGUCAAAGUGUGGAAGGUUUCCACUGGAAUGUGUCUACGUCGCUUUGACAAGGCGCACAGUCAGGGAAUCCAAAGUAUCGUGUUCUCACGGGAUGGCACACAGCUGCUGACGGCUUCGUUUGAUCAUCUUGUUCGCAUUCACGGUCUCAAGUCGGGUCAGACGCUCAAAGAGUUUCGUGGCCACCAAAGCUACGUCAACACAGCCUUCUUUUCGUCGGACGCCACCAGAGUCAUUUCGACGUCGAGUGAUGGAACGCUAAAGAUCUGGAGCACCAAAACGGAUGAGUGUCUUCACACUGUGCGGCCGCCUAGCGAGUCCUAUACUGCAGAAAUCGAUGCCGUGAGUGCGUUGCUAGUGCCGAGCCCAUCUGGGGCCAGGGACAGUAUCGUUCUUUGCACGCGCACGAGCGACAUGUAUCGUGUAUCAAUGGAAGGGGACGUAGUGUUGACGUACAGGGGAGAUUCUCUCGAUGAAAAGAAAGUUGGUAACUUUGUCGCUUGUACGCUGUCGAUGCGUGGCAAAUGGCUCUACGGCGUGACCGACAAGGGUUUUAUCGUGAGCUUCGACACCGCAACGGGCGAACUCGAAACGUCAAUGCAAAUCUGCAACGCCGAUGCAUUUGGCAUUACUCACCACCCGCACCGCAAUCUUGUAGCUACGUAUGGCAGUGACCGAUACGUCAGAUUAUGGAAAGCGUGA